UGGCAGUUUUUUUGAAUGCAUUGAUGAAUUUACUGGCUCUGCCGUUUAUGUUCAUUUAAAAUUAGGGUUUGCGUAGUUGGGAAUUUUAGUAAUGCUUUUUUGUGUUUUUUUGUUUUUCUGGUUUUGUUGGUGGAUGUAUUUAUGGUUUUUGAUUUUCUCUUUUUGGGCAGGGAAUCGUUCGGGAAGACGUGUUGAGCUGUUGCUUUUACCCUUCGAUCUUUAAUUUUAUUUUUGGGGGGGUUGGGGUUUUCGUCAAUCCUUUUCAAUUCUUUGGUCUGUUGGCUGCAAGCUGUAAAUUGAAUGUAAUGCAGAUAAAGUUUGUGUACGAUUAUUGACACAAAUCCCCAUUCUUACUGAAUGUUGGUGUAUUUUGUGUGACCUUAUAGUGUUCGUACAAAUGUCUCCUUGUAAUGGAGACGCUUGCUUCUUCGUCUCCCCCACGCGUCCUUCCCUCUCUGUGCGUUGUCUGGAGUUUUUGCAGACAUUGUUCUGAAAUUCAGGUCAUUUUCGGGUGAUCUCGCGGUAUUUGGGGGUUAAUUUAUCCGAUUCUGAAACUUUUCUUGUUGAUAAUUUGUUGAGCAAUGGCUCCGUUCUGGUGGGGGAAGGAGGCGCACAGGGGGACGCCGGUGGUCGUGAAAAUGGAGAAUCCUAACAACUGGUCGAUGGUGGAGUUGGAAUCUCCGUCGGACGAGGACUUCCUCUACCCAAACGACGCCGUUCCGAAAGGAGUACGGAACAAGAACGCGAAGCAGAUGACUUGGGUUCUUCUUCUGAAGGCGCACAGGGCGGCGGGAUGCCUGACCUCCAUUGGUGCUGCAUUCUUUUCUCUGGCCUCAAUUGUCCGCCGGCGAGUCGUCUCCGGCCGCACAGACUCCGCCGACACCUCAUCGGCGGAGCCUCCGGAAGUCAAGUCGAGAUUCUACAGUGUCAUCAAGGGUUUCCUCUUUUUGUCUUUGGUACUUCUUUGUUUCGAAAUGGUGGCUUAUUACAAAGGUUGGGAUUUCGGAGGUCCGGAUCUUCAGCUCAAGCAUCUCUACGGUUUGACAGAUCCUUUGAUGGUUAAAAGCUUGUUUGAUCUGCUCUAUUCCACCUGGUUUUGGAUCAGGGUUGAGUAUCUUGCUCCACCCCUUCAGUUCUUGGCCAAUGUCUGUAUAAUUCUGUUCCUAGUGCAGAGCUUGGACAGGCUAAUCCUCUGCCUCGGUUGCUUCUGGAUCAAGAUCAGGAGAAUCAAACCUGUUCCCAAACAAGGCCCUGCUGAUCUUGAAUCUGGAGAUGGUGAGAGUGAUGGACAUGGCUAUGGAUACUUCCCAAUGGUUUUAGUUCAGAUCCCCAUGUGCAAUGAGAAAGAGGUUUAUCAACAAUCGAUUGCGGCAGUGUGUUCUUUGGACUGGCCUAGGGGCAGAAUGUUGAUUCAAAUUUUGGAUGAUUCUGAUGACACAGCAACUCAGUCGAUGAUCAGAGAUGAAGUUCACAAGUGGCUGGAGAACGGCGCCAACAUUAUAUACAGACACAGAGUGCACAGGGAGGGUUAUAAAGCCGGCAAUCUUAAGUCUGCAAUGAAUUGUACCUACGUUAAGGAUUACGAGUUUGUAGCCAUCUUCGACGCUGAUUUCCAGCCUGCCCCGGAUUUUCUUUUGAGGACCGUUCCUCAUUUUAAGGAUAACGAGGAACUAGGAUUGGUUCAGGCCCGGUGGUCCUUCGUUAACAAGGAUGAAAAUCUGCUAACAAGGCUGCAGCUCAUUAAUUUAGCUUUUCAUUUUGAAGUAGAGCAGCAGGUUAAUGGGAUUUUCCUAAAUUUCUUCGGGUUUAACGGAACUGCUGGUGUUUGGAGGAUAAAGGCGUUGGAGGAAUCUGGCGGGUGGAUGGAAAGGACCACUGUCGAGGAUAUGGACAUUGCUGUGCGCGCGCAUCUUCAUGGAUGGAAAUUCAUCUUCCUCAAUGACGUCGAGUGCCAGUGUGAAUUACCCGAAUCUUUCGAGGCUUACAGGAAGCAACAACACAGAUGGCAUUCUGGACCGAUGCAAUUGUUCCGGCUUUGUCUACCUGCCAUUAUCAAAGCGAAGAUAAGCAUUUGGAAGAAAAUCAACUUGAUUUUCCUCUUCUUCUUGCUGAGGAAACUGAUUCUCCCAUUCUACUCCUUUACCCUUUUCUGCGUCAUUCUUCCGAUGACGAUGUUCGUCCCGGAGGCGACGCUUCCAUCGUGGAUCGUUUGUUACGUUCCCGCCAUGAUGUCGUUUCUCAACAUACUUCCGGCGCCGAGAUCGUUCCCGUUCAUCGUGCCAUACCUUCUCUUCGAGAACACCAUGUCGGUGACCAAAUUCAACGCCAUGAUUUCCGGUCUCUUCCAGCUCGGCAGUGCCUAUGAAUGGAUUGUGACGAAAAAGUCUGGUCGAUCCUCUGAAGGCGAUCUCGUAGCAUUAGUCGAGAAAGAGUCGAAGACCCAAAGAGGCAACCGUAACUCGGAGUCGAAUCUCGAGGAAAUGCGGGCAGAGAUUAAAAAGCAGGAGUCGCGGAGGAAGCACAAUCGGAUAUACACGAAGGAGUUAGCGCUGGCGUUCUUACUGCUUACGGCCUCGGCGAGAAGUCUUUUGUCUGCGCAGGGAAUCCAUUUUUACUUCUUGCUCUUUCAAGGGAUCACGUUUUUGGUCGUCGGGCUCGACCUGAUCGGCGAACAGGUCGAGUAAAUCAUGAGACAAUCAUCGGAAAUCGGAGACAAAAAGAGUCGAGAGAACGAAAGGCCCGUGCAAAAUCAUCUUUAGGUAUGGCGAUCGAAUGUACUGUGAUUAUCAUCGAUUUUUCGCAUAAGAUUCUGUAUAGUAACGGCGAUCGACGACAACGUCGUCGUAUCGUAUCGUAUCGAUGUUUUCGAAUUCGAUUCUUUUGUUUAUCUGGGCAUUCGUAUUUUAUCAGGAUUUUGUUCUCUGCACCUGAUGAUAUGUAAUAAUGCUAUGCUUAAGUGUUUUUUUUUUUUUUUUUGGAUUUCUG